AUGCCGAACCGUGUGCUGCUGGUGACCUUCUGUCUGUUUUUUUUGGGCCUCGCCCUCGUCGCCGAGGCGAAUAUUCAUCUUCGAGUCGCACACGACACAAGACGUGUAAUUUACCUAGGUACGUUUGCCUUUGGCCCACAGGGCGCGGCGCGGCUGCAGACGCGAGAGUUUUCCGUCCCACAGGAGAUGAUAGAGUACUAUGGCAACGUGUCGGUGCUGGCCGCGAACACCUUGUUGGGGUUCAUGCUGGAACCUACAGACAGCGUCAGCCUGGCCCGCGCGUAUGAACAGUACGGCCGCGGGGAUAUUGGUCCCCCGCUGCUGAGCGGCAGUGCCACCAGCAAGAGUGACGUGGAGCGUACGUGCUUCAUCAAGGAUCCACUCGUCGCCCCAGGGCAACGCUCUGGGCGUGUGAUCUUUCCCUUUUCGGGACUCUCGGUGAAAGAUAUCCUUGCGGCGCCGAUGACGCAAGCAAUCUACGACAUUGGCCUUUACGCUGUCUAUUUUUACAACUGUGCUGACAUGCCCACUGACGGUAGGCCAGUGAAGCUCAAGACUCUUCCAAAGCGACCUAUCUCUUUCAACGUUGAUUUCGAAUUAUACUGGGUAAAUGGAGAGAAGGGUUUGGUGCAUCUCUCUUAUGGUGACCGUGGGCUUCCAGGUAUGUAUGCUGUUUUUGGCGUUGCGUUUGCUGUGAUGGGGGCUCUGUGGAUGUCACAGAUUGUCAGACAGUGGACACAUGUGAAAAAGAUUCAUCUGCUGAUGCUGUUACUCGUCCUUGUCAAGACGGCAACACUAUUUAUUGAGGGUAUGAAACUCAAUCAGUAUGCCAAAACCGGCAAAGCGUCAGUGUGGGACUAUUUCUUCUACGCAACGGUCACACUAAAGGGUGCCAUGUUGUUCGGAGUUAUUAUGCUACUUGGUGCGGGUUGGUCGCUAAUUCGAGAGUAUCUCAGUGACAUUGAUAAGCUCGUCCUUCUUGCCGUACUUCCUAGUCAGGUUCUACUGAACGUUUGCCUUGCAAUAAUUGAGGAGACGAGUGAAGGAAAUCGUAAUUGGUCGACCUGGUUUGAUAUCCUGCAGAUUCUCGAUGUGGUUUGCUGCUGCUGUGUACUUUUUCCUCUAGUCUGGUCGAUCAAAAAGCUUCGUGAGGCGUCAGAGACUGAUGAGUCAACUGCCCGUACUAUAACACGAAUGAGAGAAUUUCGAAGUUUCUAUAUUGCCAUUGUGGCGUACAUUUACUUUACACGUAUUGUGCUGAUCAUGGUUGCAAACGCUCUUUCUUAUGACAAGGCGUGGAUCGCCAAGGCAGGGGCAGAGAUUGUCGCUGUGCUGUUCUAUACAUACUGUGGUUUCAGGUUUAGGCCUGGGGCAAGUGUCUCCCACUACGAGGUGUUGCAACGCGUAGAUGUUGUGAGUGAGGCGGAGAUGAGGGAGUACGAGGGAGGUGGCAAGAAAAACCAAGAGUUGGUGCAGUGA